AACUCCUCGAGGCCACAGAAUCUUUUUGCAUGCAUGCAUACAUACACGGCGUUAUUCCGAGAGAGUGGUUUACGACAGCAUGUUGGGUACCGCGAUUCUUUUCUUCCUCGUUUUCUCACACUGCUUGUGGAUCUACGUUUCUUUUAGCUACGAGGUUGGCUUUUCCUCUCGCAGUUUGGCAUGGAUUAUGGAACCUAUGGGGCGGUGUCUAUCCCAUUAUCUAGGUACACACACGACUCGAGACUUGUUCGUUUGCGAGGGGGCAUUCUCCGUACAUGUAGAUAUGUGGAAACUUUGCUGGGUUGACGUGGGUGUACGUACAGUCCGGGCACAGGCUGUCGCGUGUGGUUGACCCAAAUCGAAUCUCCGCCUAAGAAGUCGGGCUGUUCUGUUCCAGGCAGGCGAGGAGGUAGAGACGAAUAAUGAGGUUCUCGAUAUCAGUCGUACCCUGUGAGGUUUGAGGGCGAGUUUCAGGGUCUCCAGAAGAAGCGGGAUGAGUAGCUC